CCUGCGUGUGCGGAACUGAACACCUAACACCAGGAGUGAGUCAACCUGAGAGACUGAAGAGGGUGAGCUGUGUGGGCCUGCUGGACACGGCAGCCAUUUUGCACUAGGUAUCAGUUCCUGGUUCCUCACAAGCAGCCACCCUGACCACAGAGACAAGUCAGGGUCAAACGGUAUUGCAGCUCCAUGCCGAAUAAGGAUUGUGUGAUCACUUCUUUUUCAAUGAAUCACUCUAAUGAGCCAGCAGCAUGAAAAGCUGGAGCAGGAAAUUCAAGAGACAAGAGCCGGACGGCGUGGUUGGGUCCUCCUCUAGUGAGAGGAACUCCAUCAGUGAUCCACCAGUGCCUGUGUGGGUUACUCACACACCCACACCCGAUAAUAUCACCGAUGACGGGGAUGCUAACUCCACAGGCCGCACAUCCAGCACUCCACCUUAUGAAGAGAAAGAGGGCGAUGAGAAAAAAGGGAGCAUGAAGGACAGGCUGAAGUCCCUUCUCCCUCAGUCAUGGGGCGGCAUCCUCCAUAAAUGGACAAAGGAAAGUGACAGUUUUAAUGAGGGCCACAACAGAAGCAUCCAGAUCCUUCCUAAUGGGACCAGGGUGAGCCCUCCUGUGAGUCCCAUACUGGAGCGCAAGAACUGGACUGAAUCACUGGGCAGCUCAAGCCAGAACUCCCAUAGGCCUUUGUUAAGGGAGAGCCCGUCUGAUGAUCUGUUUGAUCUGGCCCUGCGAGAGGAAUCUCUCCUGACCAGCAUCCACCCUGCAGAGUACUACGCUGAGAAGCUGGAAGUCUAUAAUCAGAAGUACUCUUAUCUGAAGUCCUGGCCAGGCCUGCUCAGACUUCUCGCCGGACUCCAGCUCCUCUUUGGGGGCAUGGUCUUUGCCUGUGUCAUCGCCUACAUCCAGAAAGACAGCGAGUGGUCCAACAGCUACGGACUCUAUAACGGUGCGUAUAACAACGGUCUGGGCUUGUCCGGGUACAGCUACAGAGGUCCUAUGACUCCCUUUAUCCUGGCUGUAGCUGGAGUCUCCUGGAUUCUAACCUUUGCUCUCUUGGUGAUGGGAAUGACUAUGUAUUACCGCACCAUCCUCCUCGACUCCCCCUGGUGGCCUCUGACGGAGGCCUUCAUCAACGUGGCCAUGUUCCUGCUCUACAUGUCGGCGGGGAUCGUCUACCUGAACGACUUGAACCGCGGGGGGCUGUGCUUCACGACAAUAGGCGUUAACCCCAUCAUGGCCAAUCUGUGUCGGGUUGACGGGGGCCAGAUGGCCGGAACCGCUUUCAUCUUCAUCAACAUGGCAAUGUAUCUGGGAAGCUUCCUGGUGUGUCUAAAGAUGUGGAGGCACGAGGCCGCACGAAGGGAGAGAGAAUACUUUGAGAACCAGCCCCGGGAGGAGUUUCACCAGUCCAUCCCGCUAACCAAUCAACAAAUAAAGCGCAUAUCUUUCAGGGAUGAGGUGGAUAAGUUUCCACGUCAAGACUGUACCAGGCAACACGCCCCCGCCCCUGAUGUCCAUAAGAACACUGUCAGUCUGAACAGAACCACAGCGUCUGAAUACACCCCCAAAGUACACAUCAUCGCAGACUACGUCAUAAAGUAUCCAAAGAUCAGCUGUGUGGAAGAAAGGGAAAAGUACAAAGCUGUUUUCAAUGACCAGUUCCAGGAAUACAAGGACCUCCACAGAGACAUCAGCACCACCCUCAGUAAGUUCAGAGAGCUGGACGCUGCGAUGGCUCGACUCCCCAGAGAUGGAAGAAGCCCAAAGGAACGGCAGAGGAUUCAAAGCAUUCUGAAGAAGUAUGAGGAGAAGAAGAGCGACCACGCCUUCCUGGAGAAGAAAGAACGCUGUGACUAUUUAAAAGCCAAAUUAAGUCACAUCAAGAACAGAAUCCGCAUUUUUGAUCAGGAAACGAUGGCGAGUGGUCAGAUGUGAGGAAGACCGUGGAGAGAUGUCUACAGCGCCUGAUUGCCUUCAUUGACCACAUUGUAUUUUCAAUACAAAAGUGGACAUGAAACCUGGUUUAAAUCACACCUGAGCUACGACAUUUUAAAUUAUAAGGGCUACAUGGCACACUCCUUUCGAACAGCUUUCGUUACGUGUUGAGUUUCAUUUUUUUAUUAUUAUAUGUAUUCAUGUAAUUUAUGUUGACGCUGGGGAACAACAUGUGUCAGUGUGUCUUAAUUUAAACUUCUGCUGAUUUGUACUUUUUUUUUUUUUUACAAAACAAAUCUGUACAUUUUUAUGUGAUCCAUUGUUUUUUUUACUGACAUGCUUUGCACGCUGUUUCUAAUUUGCACUGCCAUUUUGUGUUUUCUGUCCAACUUGUCCUUGACUCUGUGUUGAUGGUUGGUUGAACUUACAAACACAUGGGAGCCUUGUUUUGUUUUUAACAACAUCAUUUGAAUUUCCUGUACUGGGGGGAAUCAAUAAAGGUACAUAUUACCUCA